AUGGAAAAGGAGACAGCUCUAGUGGUUAAGGAUUUUACCAGUAUUCUUGAGGAGCUGACGUUUAAUUCAAGACCGAUUAUUACAACUCUUACGAAGAUAGCGGAAGAAAAUAUUCCAUGUGCACAGUAUUUUGCGGAUGCCCUGGAAGCCAGAGUGGAACGAUGUCCGCCAGGUCAAAAACUGUAUGCGUUUUAUGCUAUGGACUCAAUAUGCAAGAACGCAGGUAGUCCUUAUACAAUCUAUUUCAGUAGAAAUCUAUUUGCCCUGUAUAAGAAAACGUAUCUUUUAGUGGAUAACAACACUAGAACGAAGCUGAUUAACAUGUUCAAAACAUGGAUGAAUCCAAACGAUUCCACUGGUGGUUACUCUCCUCUAUUUGAGAAAGGUGCCCUGGUCAAAAUUGAGCAAUUCCUUAUUAAAGCGAGCGCUCUACAUCAGAAGAAUCUGCAGACGAUGUUACCAAAACCAACGGUGCCACUGUUACUUAGAGAAAUUGAUAAGCUCACCAGUUUGAGUAAUGAAAGGCUAAAGAAACAGCCGAACGAUGAAAAGUUAAGCGUAAAGCUUGUUGUAUUAUCUCAGCUGAAACAGGAAUUAUCAAGGGAAUCUUUAACUCAAGACGCUUUAAAGCAGCUUCAGUUGCAGUUGAGGCAAAUUUUUGCACAGGAUCAACAGGUCUUGCUAGAUAUUCAACGGCAGCAGCAGUACAUUGAUGUUCAAAAGCAGCAGCAGCAGCAGCAACAACAACAACAACAACAACAACAACAGCAGCAGCAGCAGCAGCAGCGACACACGGAUGCUGGUAAUAACGGGUCCUUUAUCCCAAUAUUUGGCGGUAGUCAGAUUGACGGUUCGGUAUCAUCCUUGUUUGGACCCUCUUCCGGUGUUUUGGGGUCUCCAGGAUUUGCAAAUACGGGUGCUUCCGGUCAAACGUCGAGCAUUAAAAAUCUAUAUGAAUCACUAGAUACAGAGGGCUUACUUUACAAACCACCAAGGGAUUCAAUCGUAGCCCUUUACGCAAAGAUUGACGUGGAUGUUAAAGAUGAUUAUAAUGGUAACCAAAAUCAAAAGAAUCUGCCAUCAUUGCCACUUUUACAAAGUAUAGUCUCUGAUUGUAAAGCUUACUUCGCAACAGCUAAUAUAGAUAUUCUAAAUACUCCAAACUUACAAUUAUCGCAACGAGCGAUAGUGAAUGAUUUCCCAGUGGUAAACAAUAAUUUAAUUCAUUUAUUGUACCGUGCAAAACCGAAUAAAUGUAACAUAUGCGGUAAAAGAUUUGGAAAUACUUCAGAAGAAAAAAAGUUAAUGGCUGAUCACCUGGAUUGGCAUUUUAGAAUCAGUAAAAGGUUAAAGGGUUCAGAAAUUACGUCAAAUUCCUUAGCUGGUAAUGUGACUGCAACACAAAAGAAUAUACAGGCAAGAAGCUGGUAUUUGAGUGAUUCCCAAUGGAUUUCUCUCAAAGAUGAAGAGAUCAUAGCUACGAAUCGAGACUCUAAUGACACUAAAUCAAUUACGGUUGCCAAUUUAGAUGAUUCAAAUGUGCUUCCAGCCACUGGAAAUAACAGUGACGCUUCUAAGCAAGGUAGUAGCUUUGCUAUCGAUGAGAAUGUGCUGCGUAAGAAAUACGUUAUCGUUCCGGAAACCUCAGAAGAUAUGUCGUUCCAAUGCCCUAUAUGUAAAGAAAAAGUCACAGGGUUAUACGAUGAAGAGAUCGGAGAAUGGAUAUGGAAGAAUGCAAUCGAAACAGAUAAAAAGUAUUUCCAUGCGACUUGCUAUUACGAAGCAGCAAGGAAUAACGGCGGCUCUACUGGUUUUCAACUAGAUUUAGAGAAAUUGAAGCAUCUGGUUACAGAUUGA